GACGCAAUGUGGGAGGGAAGACUACCGAUUCCGACUUCCAACAGAAGCUUUCGUCAAAAGAUGUGCCUGCUGCCCUACAAGAAUACCAGGAAGAACUUUGGCUUCCUCUGUCCAGCCGCUAGACCCUCCCACUGCGCGUUUCACGCUGGAUAAGGAAUGACAGCAUCCUUUCAAACAAGUUCUUUCUCGUUUGACUUCGGCUCAUGAGCUGUUGUAGUACAAGCAUUCUUCAUUCAAUGACAUCAACCCUCUUCAAGCCUCUCCUUGUAAGGUCAGAAAAGUGAGGGAAUGGAGAACAGAGCGAGAGGGAGGGAGAGAUCAUGGGCAAAAGAGGUUGAUUAGGUACAGACAUGACAUGUGCAACUUGCUUUUUAAAACAAAGCCACUACAGCAUCAAGGGCUACAUGAUAAAGCACCCUUUGUUUUGAUUCCAGUAAAGGGUCAAGCUGUCAAAUGUUUUAUUAAAUAACUUCAAAAAUGAUAUAAAUGAAUGAUAUGGAAGAACUUAUCAAAUUUUGGAGAUGUUCCGGAUCACCGUCUGGAUGCUGGAUUUAAAAAAAAAAAAUUCUCCGAGCAUCUUUAUGGUGACAGAAGUUCUGAGAGUUAGGAUCAGGCAGGGUAGAAGGCAGCCGUGGGGUCCAGCCAGUGUGGAGCAGACUCCUGUAUAAGUGAAGGCGAGAUGGGCGAUUGCGAGGGAGACGGAGAGAGGCGCGAAAAAACAUCUGCUGUGCAUUGUCAGGCUGAGCGCACACACAGAGGGAGAGACGGCGAGAAAGAGGAUCCCCCAUUUUAGCUCAAGAAUAUUAUAGCAGUGCAGAUAUCUACAACAAUGGCAGCCGUCCACUCUCAGUAUUGUGCUAUUGAUCCUCGUGGCAACCUAAUACACACACACACACACAGUCAAUCUAAUUGUUGCUUUAAGCUCGUUAGACCGGCUUGUUUUUUUCCUCCACAUGAUCAGUGAGUCAUAUACUUUGACUAAAUGUCAUGAUUACAGCAAAUUAAGACAGUUGGAACUGGACUUUGGCUGCAAUAUCGACAGUGUAAAUGAUGCCUUGCAUCUUUAUUUAGUCGUCUAUUGCCUCCGGGGCGUACUGACUUACCAAGUGGAUCUAAGACACUGCACCGGAGAGAGAGCGGGAUGGAGCGACGGAUGAAGAGAGAGAGAGACAGAUGAGAGAGAGAGAGAGAGAGGGAGGACGAGUGGCCGGGUAAGCGCAGGAGAGAAAGAAAGAGAGAGCACAGGAGAGCAGAAAAAAAAAAACACACAGCGGAAAGGAAGAGAGAGUCGCAGGAGGAAGAGGGAGAAUGCACGGCGUCUGGCUAACUCUUCCAUGCUUGUAUCCAGGGCCUUUGUGAAUACACCAUGGGAUGCAUCGGCUCCAGGAGACUGACAGCAGAUGGCGUGCCAGUCCAGAAGGAUGGGGAGCAGCAUGGCCGCUCAGAAUUUUCAUGGGAAGGAAUCAAUCUGUCUAUGGAGGACACCACGUCGAUCCUGCCGCGCCUCAAGAGGAACUCAAACGCCUACGGCAUUGGAGCUCUGGCUAAGUCUUCUCUGUCAGGUGUGUCAGGUGUGACCCGCUCCAUGAAGGAAAGAGUGACCAAGCCCACGGCCAUGGCUCAGGGUCGCGUCGCUCACAUGAUUGAGUGGCAGAACUGGGGCAUGCAGACAGUAGGCUCGGGGGGCCUCCCCCAGUCCCGUAUCAGCACCCAGGAGCGGGAAAAGGAGCGGCGGCUAGAGAACGACGCCUACAGUGACCUGAGCGACGGCGAGAAGGAAGCUCGAUUCGCCGCAGGUAUCCUGCAGCAGUUUGCCAUUUCGGAGGCCACCCUCCUGGCCUGGUCAUCCAUGGAUGGCGAGAGCCCUCGGUCAGGUUCAAACCAGGGCAGCGUGGCCCAUCUGAGCGAGGUCAACCAGGAGAGCAUCACCAGUCGAGACCAGAUCUUGCACCACUCCUCAGCGGAGGUGUGGCCCCACACCUACGUCUCCCAGGGACACUACUGCCUCUCAUCCUCGGAUGCCUGGGAUCCCAUCAACAACGACCCGUCGGGUGUGGCGUCUCCUCCCGCCGGCUCCUACCUCGUGGGGACUGAGGGCUACGACGGGCAGGCAGCCGCUCACUUCCUGUCGCAGCAGCAGCAACAGCAGCAGCAGCAGUUCAGCCUGCAGCAGCAGAGCCAGCUGCAGCAGCUGCAGCAGAUCCAACAGAUGCAGCACUACCAGCAGCAGCAGCUCCUGCAGUAUCAGCAGCAACAGCUGCACAGCGCCAACCACUCCUUGCAAGCGACCCCCAACAGCACCAUUCACAGCCUGGUCCACCAAGUGCACCCGCCCCUGGUUGACCUGUGGAACACGGGACAGAUGGAGGCCUAUCAGGUGGAGGCUGGAGGCUACAUGGGCGUGGCGGCCGUGGUGGAACCCAGCCUCUGUGUUCCUGGCGGAGAGGAGCUGGUGGGGAACGAACACUCACCACUGUUGGAGCAGCAGGAAGAAGAGGAGGACAUUAAGGAUGGCGAGGUGACACUGUGUAUGGAACCCGAGUCUGCCAUGUUGACUCCGCCCACGCAGCCGGGGGACGCCUCCGGCGCAAGUAGUCCGGGGCAACCGCUGCCAGAGCCGAUGGUGGAGCAGAAGGCCUCCGACGCCGCGACCACGUCCGGCAGCCUCGCUCACACGCUACAGGAGGAGGAAGAAGAAGAAGAGGAGGGCCAGCAGCAGCAGCAGCAGCAGCAGCAAGAAGGGUCGGCUGCUUCCAUGGCAACCAACUGACUUCCUGGCUGUGACUCCUUGAUACAAAAACUGACCGGCGAAGUCAGACAAUAGUAAUACAAUAUCUAUCUAUUAUUCUGUUGCUUUUCAGGUAUCAAAAACAAACAAAAAAAUAACUUUUUUUUGCAAAAUGGAAUGAAAGCGGACAUGAUGGAAGACCUGAUGCAACAAACUUUGUAAGCCUUACAUCCCAAAGGUACAUAGAGAGGAUGGAGGUGGAGGAGGCGGAGCUACACAGACAUUACCACCAGGGACCAGGAAGUAGGAAGGCGGUGGAUACAUGCAUGCUUUUUUUCUGAUGACAAGUGACCCCAUCAUCCUAUAAUGAAAAUUUAACAUAAUACUAAAACAUUAUAAUAGGAAUAAUUUUAUAAUAAAGCGGAAAAGGGAGCAAGAUAAAAAUACAUGUUUAAGUGUAUGAUAAGAUAUUAACAAGAGAGGGGGGGGGCUGUUUACAACAUAUUAGGACAUUGUGCGACCCCCCUUCAUACAUACACCCCCCCCCCCUCCAAAAAGCAGUUUUUAAAGCCCUCCAAUGAUGAAUUCUUCCAUGACUGCACACACACUAACACUGCACAGAUAAGGAUUGUACUGUAAAGAUAAGUGUGCUUCCUACUCUGUCUCUCUGUAUGCAUGUUCCUAUGGAGUACCUGUACUAUACAGCACUGUAUAGACUUUGCACUGAAACCAUAGCGUGGGGAGGAUGGGAUUUACUGUGGGCUCGGAGCAGCGGAGGAAGAAAAAAUAAAAGACAGAACUCUUUUUUUUCUUUUGCACUGAUGCAAUCCAACCGAUCAGAGGUUGCCUUUUGGACGGUUGAUGUUCGCCGAGGCCCACUCUUGAAAGCUUUUAACACCACACAAACACACACACACACAUAACCAAAACACAACCACUUAACAACAACAACAACAACAACAUCGACCCUCAGUCAUGAAUAAUGUUUGAUGACGAUGAUAUCGAACACCGUUUGAAUGUACGGGAACACUUUCAGUGGGAAUUUGGGUGUUGAAAUGUGGAUUCAUUGUUUGCUCAUCUGCACCACUACACCACUACCACCACUACUACUACUACUACUACUAAUAUUACAUAACUCCACAAGGUUUUGGACAGUUACAGCACCGUCAUGGAUUUUAAAGAAAACAAUAUGUGAUUCAAGGGUACAUUUUCAGCUUAAUUUAUGGGGUUUCACAAGUAUUUGGAUAUCGUGAAUUAUGAAUAUAUUCCACAGCUGUCAAUGAUAACGUUUGUUUUUUGAGUUUCCUCCCUAAAGAUACGCACUCGCUCUUAAAAAUGAUGGUUAUAGUUAAAUGAAAUGCUUUGAUAGACUAAUGUUUUGCUGACUCAUCCUGUUGGUCUAGCCUGCAUGGUGGACAAGUGGUUAGCACACUGGCCUCGCAACUAGGAGACCCGAGUUCAAUUCCAUCCUCGGUGGAGUUUGCAUGUUCUCCCUGUGCAUGCGUGGGUUUUGUGGUCCCACAUUCCAAAAACAUGCUAGGUUAAUUGGCGACUCCAAAUUGUCCAUAGGUAUGAAUGUGAGUGUGAAUGGUUGUUUGUCUAUAUGUGCCCUGUGAUUGGCUGGCGAACAGUCCAGGGUGUACCCCGCCUCUCGACUGAAGACAGCUGGGAUAGGCUCCAGCACCCCCCCAUGACCCUCUGAGGAUAAGCGUAGAAAAUGAAUGAAUAAAUGACGCCCCCUAUUGGUUGUGAUCAAAAUGCGUUUAAAGACAAAUUUUAGACUUUUUAAAAAAUGUUUUCCCCAUCUAUCUCAAAUCUACCAAACAUGCGCUUCUAAGUCCCCUUAAACGUGCAUAGCAAAUUCCAUGCGGAUUGCGCUUUAACACCCCAUGCUAAAGUUCCCGUAGGUGUUUUGUGGAGUGUGCUAAGCUGUGUGAGAAAUUUCAAGUUUUCACACUUUGUCAGACAAAUAACAGUACAACCGCAGUGCAUGAUUUGACAAAUUUUCACCCUUUUGUGUGCCAGCGGGAUUAGAAGCGUUAGCUUGGCUGGCUGUCAGGCUAAUGUGCAUAAUGUGGCAGUCGUUUCUAGAAUAACAUUCAUUUGUGAAACCUCUUCAAUUAAAGCUGAAAAAUUUGCACUUCAAUCACAUCUUGAUUGAUUAUUUUUAAUCCCAUGUGAGGUGAAAUAUUGGUAAAUUGUCCAAAUACUUGUGCACCAAAAACACAUAAAUAUCUCAAUUGUAACCAGCAAUAGGCAGGCACAAGGCUGGCUCGCCGGUGUCGGCUCUUGUUACAUAAAAUGUAAAUAUCAUAGAAAAGAUGAAACAACUUACACUCACAAAUAUUGUAGUACAGUAUUAUAUAUUUUUUUUUAUGUUGGGAUUUCUUCUAAACAUGCUUGAAUUCAUGAUUCCAACUUCCAUUGGACUGUAAAUGAAAAGGGAGGGAAGUGUGCUGCUCAAUCAGCCAAUCAGGGAAUAGAAGAGGCGGAGCUUAAGGCGUCUUCCUUGCUCGUGUGUGAGGCAACUGCUUUGGGGAGUGUGACAUUUUUUUAUUUUUUAUUUUUUAUUUCAUACAUAAAGGAGAGAUGAAGUGGAGAUAAGAUACUUUCUGUGCAUGGGAAACUUUGCCACAUUUUCUCAUUGAUUGUGUGAGAAACUUUCAAGCUAUAAAAAAAAAACACAAAACAAACGGACUUGAAUGACUUGAUGUAUUUGCUUCUUUAUGCAAUGUUGGUACAAUGUUUAUUUUUCUACUUGAAACCCCUAAAGCUACAAUAGGUGUCAUGGUUGUGAAAGUAGUGGUGCAAGAAGACAUUUUGGCGAGAGAUUAAAAAAAAAAAAAAAAAGGUGGAUUUUGUCAGUUUUGAUGAUGGCUCCAAAUAAGAAUGUCUUUAUACAAUAUGGCACAUAUUCAUUUAUUUAUUUAGCCGUUAAGGGAAGAUUAGCUUGUACAGAGUCUUAUCAUUUGACUAAAUGCUGCUUUGGUUCGAUAUGUGCUCACCUCAGAGAGGAACCGUGCAUGGGAAAUAAGCGGAAUUGCCACUGUUUCUUCUUGCUUUUUUUUUUUUGGCUGGGGGCCGGGGGGUGGGGGUGGGGGGAGCCUAAAGUCCUGCUUUUAUUUUCUUGAUCAACCAAUGAAUGAAUAAAUAAGAAGCCACAUUUAUUCCUGUGGAUGUUAAGGCUUUAAGGAUCAUGUCUCUCUCCUUUUGUAUAUGACUGGGGACUCAACCCUUUGUAUGUGUUGUCUAUAUUUUCUAUGUUUGUGUGUAUGUGUUGUCUUGUUGGAAGAAUCACUGCCUGGCGAAAAAAAAAAAAAAGUUCAACCAAAGGAUAUAUUGGAAGCAAUCAGACAUAUAAUUUGCAUCCAAAAACAUGGCCGCUGUGUGAAAUGACACGUGUGUAAAUGUGUGUAUAAAAAUUGGCACUUACGCAUGCUUGAUGGAACAUUCUUCCUUCUUGUCUCCUCCUUUUUUUUUUGUGUUUUCCAUUCCCUUUUUCCUCUUCAAUACUGCACAGACCGAACCUCCUUCCACAACUCCACCACUCCUCCUCCUGCUCCUCCUGUGGGGCAAAUAAAGAGACAAAACCAGCAAAUGUUUUAUGCAUUUGUGUGGACAUACCGUACCUUUUAUCCACUUUAUCUAUCAACAAUGGAGGUGAACGAUUGCAAAUCGGUAAGUAUACUAU